AUGUGGGCCGUCGACAGUGGUGCAACACACCACAUAUGGCACGACAAGACCAAGUUUGCAAGACUGAACAAGCGCAAUGACGGUGAAAUCUUGGUGGCGGAUGGAAACACAGUGGCCAUCAAGGGUGUUGGAACCAUCUUUGAAAAGGUGGUUCUGCCCGACGGUGAAGAGCGCGAGAUCGAGAUCACGAACGUGCUUUACGUACCAAGCAUGAGCAAGAAUCUACUUUCGGUACGGCAGAUCAACAAGCAUGGCAAGGUUCAAGUCGUGUUCGACGGGACCAAGAUGUUUGUCGCUCGCAAAGGAUCGCAACAAGUGGUGGCAACAGCAAAUCUUGUGGAUGGUCUUUACUGGCUUCACACAGCUCAUCGAUCGGCCAAUGCGACAACAAACGGAUGCAACGGUGUCGACUUACAUGCGCGGAUGGGACACGCUCCAGCUGAUGUGCUUCGCAGAAUGGUGGCCACGAACAUAUUCAAGGACGUAAAUGUACCUCUCAAGUCAAGUGGAUCAGGUACAUGUCGAGAAUGUCAGAAAGGGAAAAUGGUCCAAAACCCAUUCCCAUGCAACCAGGACAAGCGCAGAUACGACACCUUCGAGCUACUUCACGUCGACAUCUGCGGACCCAUGGAGAUGAAUUCUCUAAGUGGCAGCAAGUAUCUACUGCUGAUCGUUGACGAAGCCAGUGAAUGCAUGAAGGGCUUCUGUCUACGCGUGAAGUCGGAGAGUGAAAACUACAUCACACGAUACAUCAAGAUGGUGCAAGCGCAGUAUGGCAAGAAGGUCAAGCUCGUCCGACACGACGGAGCCCGCGAGUUCGCAACCAACUCGCUUCAAAAAUUCUACGAAGAUGAAGGCAUUGAGCAGCAGACGACGGUGCCAUAUACACACCAGACCAACGGCACGGCAGAGCGCGCCAUUCGGACUAUCGUCACAAUUGGUCGCAGCAUGCUCCAACAUGCUAAGAUGGAAAAGUGCUUCUGGGCCGAAGCAGCAAUGACGGCAAUCUACGUCAAGAACCGUCUGCCGUAG